UGAGUGGCUUGUCUUUGAUUUUUUUUUGACGAAGAACACAAACUAAGAAAGGAGCUAUGGUGUGGCUUCAACCAGUGACGUGUCCUUCCUCUUCUUCAUCUUGUUUCGUUAGUGGCUCUAGUCGCUGCUCCCUCUCAUCUGUAAACUACUUUGCCCCAAAACCCAGAAAACAUCAUCUCAUCUGCAAUGCUUCAUGGCAAGAGCUUGCUGGAGUCUUACUAUUCUCAGCGAUUCCUUUCACUGCUGUCAAAGUUAUAGCUAAUAGUCCAUUAGGGGAGUCACUGCAGAGAAAAAUGGAAGAGACUAAGCAACUUGCUGUAAAAAACUCCUCUAAAUUCAAGGCUCAAGCUGCCAAGGCCAGAAAACAGAGCUUUUGGUACGGACAAGGUCGGCCUCGUUGGCUUGGUCCUAUCUCGUAUGACGGCUACCCAUCAUAUCUCCAUGGGGAACUGCCUGGGGAUUACGGCUUUGACAUUGCUGGCCUUGCCAAGGAUCCAGUGGAACUGCAGAAAUAUUUCAACUUUGAGAUAUUGCAUGCUCGCUGGGCUAUGCUUGCAUCUGUUGGUGCUCUCAUUCCUGAGUUAUUAGACCUAUUGGGAGUCUUUCACUUUGUUGAACCUGUUUGGUGGCGCGUUGGUUAUUCCAAGCUCCAGGGGGAUACUCUAGAUUACCUUGGCAUCCCAGGCCUUCACUUAGCUGGAAGCCAGGGAGUGGUUGUGAUUGCUAUUUGCCAAGCACUCCUUAUGGUUGGACCAGAAUACGCCAGAUAUUGUGGGAUUGAAGCACUGGAGCCUCUAGGAAUAUAUCUGCCUGGUGAUAUAAACUACCCUGGAGGAGCAUUGUUUGAUCCCUUAAAUCUGUCCAAAGAUCCUGAAGCUUUUGAAGAGCUGAAAGUGAAAGAAAUAAAAAAUGGACGCUUGGCAAUGAUGGCUUGGUUAGGUUUCUUCACACAAGCGGCACUGACGGGUAAAGGUCCUGUACAAAACAUUGUGGAUCAUAUCUACGAUCCUUUCCACAACAACUUGCUUGGGUCACUCAAUUCAAUGAAAUUACACUAGGAUCUUAUCUUACACUCUCUCUAAUUCUAAAUAUAAGAGACAAUGUAGGAUCAAAACAGAAAGACGAUUUUGCAUUGAUGCAUUAGAGGCGUGGCAUGGCUGUUGUGCGGGUUUUAGCGUGUGACAGUAGGAUAUUAGCACCUGAAGUAAUAGCUGUAAUAAGUGGAGUACUUAAUUUCAAUGCCAGUUUUAAGAAAUGUGUGAUUUUAUCGUUG